CGGGGAGAGUGCGUCGGGAUUCCUCGUGUCUUUCUAGCUGGUUUACCGCAUGCCCACAGUGUAUACAUAAACCCGCCCCGCCGGAGUCCUCUUCAGGUAUUUGCCGUCCGUCGUACAACACAUUAGCCACCAUGGAGGAAGCUGACCAGAAAAUGGCUGUUAUGCGCAAAGCGUUCCAGAUGUUCGACACGAGUAAGAGCGGCUUCAUUGAGACCCUAAAGAUCGCCACGAUCCUGAACACGAUGGGUCAGCUGUUCGACGACGCGGACCUCAACGCCCUGAUCGAGGAAAACGACCCAGAGGGUAGCGGAAAGGUGAACUUCGACGGUUUCUGCAACAUCGCUGGGCGAUUCCUUGAGGAGGAAGACGCCGAGGCCAUGCAGCAAGAACUGAAGGAGGCCUUCCGUCUCUACGACAGGGAAGGAAACGGUUACAUCACCACCGCUACCCUCAAAGAGAUCCUCGCCGCUCUCGACGACAAGUUGACCAACCGUGACCUCGACGGUAUCAUUGCUGAAAUUGAUACCGACGGUUCCGGCACCGUUGACUUCGAUGAAUUCAUGGAGAUGAUGACCGGUGAAUAAGGAUCGUGGCCAACGUCUUCGGUUAAUUAAUUCCCGUGCCAACAAGCGUUCAGAGAUCUUUACGCCCAAGUAACAUCGACAAUGAUCCGGCAUAAAGCCAGCCGAAAGCCCGGAGAGCUGCACUGCCACGGACUCCUGCACGAGUGUUGGUUCCGUUCAAUAAACGCAUAUACCUGUCAGCGCCAUACUUCUAGCGUGAUCGGGUCGGCGUCACAAACAUGUACAUAUAUCCAUUAAUAUCAUAAAUCAUAAAUGAAAUUAAACUAAAGCAACCAAUCGGAUCAUGUAAUAAAUAUUAUUCCAAUAUA